AUGGGAGAUUUAUUUGAUAGCCCACCAAUUUCUUUAACACCAAUUAAAUUAUCAGAAUCAAUAUCAACAUUAUCAUUUCAAGUUGUAUGGCCAGGAGGAUAUGUUGAUUUAACAAAAUCAAUUUUAAGUAAAGAUGAAUUAGAAAGACUAUUAAUACAUUUAAAACGAAAUAUUAAAAUUGGUAGUAUUUUAUUUCACGAAGAACAAGAUAGAUUUGAUUAUACAUUUUGUAAAAUUAUAAAAAGAUUAAGAAAGAAUAAUGAAAUUUUCAAUUAUCAUCCAUCAGAUUAUAUGUGUGGUGUAUUAGCUGGCCAUAUCUAUUGUGAACCAAGUAUUUUCAAAUCUAAAAAAUCAGUAGAUUUUAGAGAUAUCAUUGCAAUUAAUUCACCAAAAGCAACAGCAUCACAAUUGGAAUCAAUCAAUGAAUAUUUAUCACAAUUGGAGAUUAUUCAUUUCUUAAAUGAAGAUGGUUUUCAAUAUGCAGUUUAUGAAAACAAAGAGAUGCAUCAUUUAAUUAUGGCAUUUCGUGGAACUGUACCAACCAAUAUUAGAGAGGCUGCAUUUACCGUGUUUGAAGAUGUUGUUGGUAUCACUUUAAAAGAUAAAAAUUCAUUUCAACAAAGAAUGGUAUUUAAAGUUGUUAAAGAAGCUGUUGAAAUUUGUAAAGCUAAACAUUAUAAUCUCACAAUUGUUGGACACAGUUUGGGUGCUUGGUUAUCAGAGUUGGCUCACUAUGACUGUUUUUACAAUCACAAUUUCAAACAUGUUAAAACCGUUACAUUUGAUUCACCAGGUGCAUUGGAUCAAUUCAAAGUAAUCGAUAACUAUAAAGAACCAUCAAUUCCAUAUCAUUGUAUGAAUAUUGUUAGUUACUUAUCAGAACCAAAUAUUGUAAACUCAAUGAAUAAUCAUAUUUUUGAUAAUGAUACAACUUUUAGAAUUUAUCCAUCUGGUGUUGAUGAAGUUGACUGUAUGAAAUUGGAUUUUCUCAUCAGUUCAAAGUUUCAUAAAUUAGGUGUAAUUUUAGAUACUUUUGAUUUUGAAACUGGAAAACCAAGACACUAUAAAAUUGUUAAGAAAUGGCCACUCAUUAAACUUUCACAAUUAUCACUCUACUUUUCUUAUUUUGAAAAAAAUGAUAAUGGUGCUUUGGAAAAUCCAAAUAACCCAGAUGAAGAUAAUGUUCUCUAUGAUGUUGAAGUUGUUAACCCUUACAGUGGUAUGCUAGUACUCGAUAGAUUCAAAAUCGAUGAAAUCAUUCAUCAAUUAUCAAUUAAAAAUUAUUUUUACGAGUUUAGUGAUUACUUUAUCUCUACACAAUUAAAAGAGUUGAAAUCAUUAUUCGAAAUUUCUAAAGAGAAUAGUGAGUCACUUUAUCAAAUUUCAGUAAAGAAUAAUAUGAUAACUUGUGAAACAUUAAAACAAAGAAUUUCAAGAAUUGUUAAUUUAAAUCCAAAAGAGAUUUCAAAAGUUUUAAAAUCAAAUGAUCAAGAUUAUAUACCAAGAGAUUAUAAAAUUCGUGUUACUCAUUCAAAUAGUGAAGGAUUCUUUGAUCCAGAUAAUUAUUUAGAUAAAAUUGAAAAGAUCCUCACUAAUAAUAAUAUGAUUAUUUUAACUGGUGAAGAAGGUUCUGGUAAAUCAACAAUAGCUUUGGAAUAUGCAUUAAAUAAAUUCCCAACAUCAAAUAAUCAUAAUAAUCCACUAACAAAUCAACCAUUUAAAAAUCAUAAAUUACUUUAUAUACAUAGUAAUACAAAAGAGAUGAUUUAUGAAGAUUUUUCAAAUCAUUUAUUAAAAAAUUAUCAAAAAGAUCACAAUGGACCUGAAGAAUGUGGUACAACCUAUGAUUUCCAAUUAUCACCAAAUAAUUUAAUAGAUUUUUAUAAAGUCAUAAUGGAUUCACAAGAUACAUGCUUUAUGUUUGUUUUUGAUAAUGUUCAAGAUUUAACAAUUAUUGAACCAUUUUUAUUUUAUAUGCCAAAAUUAAAUACAAGAACUAUUAUUACUUGUCAAGUUGAAAAAGGUAGAACAUUUUACAUUGAAAGAACUUUAUCUUUAACUAAGCAAUCAACUAAUGAUAUAGUUUUAAAUGUAACUUUAUUAACAAAUCAACAGGCCAAUAAUUAUUUAUUAACUAGAGGUAUUAAUUCAAAUUGUAAUUUAGACUCACCAGUUUCAAUUCAUUUAUUAAACAUUUUGGUUAAUCAUUUCAAUAAAGAGGAAUCUGAAACUGGUGAUACCAUUGAUUUCGAUAAAACUUUAUCAAAUGUUAUUAAAGAAUUCAUUAAAAUCAAUCCAAAUUCAAAUCAACUAUUAAAUACUUUGGCAUACCUUGAUCCAGAAUCAAUAUCAUAUCAAGUCAUUUCCAAAAUUCAACAAAAUGAUGACACUGAAUCAACUCAGCAAAUGGAAUCCAUUCAACAAUCAAUUAAAUAUUGGUCUGAUCUUUCAGUUAUUAAUAAUUUUAGUUCUGCUGAAAAAGUUAAUACCUAUAAAUAUAUUCAACAAUUAAUUAGAAAUGAAAUUAUUUCAGGAGCUGAAAAAGAAGAAACUAUUCAUCGUAUUAAAACUGUACUUUCAAAUUUAGAUUUAACAUCAAGUCAACAUCCAAAAGGUUGGAGAAUUUAUUUUAAUCAUCUUCGUUAUUUAUAUGAUAAUUUCAAAGAGAUUUGUACAAUUAAAAUGAUUGAAAAUAUGGCUAUUUGUUAUAGACUAUCAUCAUCAUAUCAAGAGUCUAUAAAGUUUUUAAAUGAAUCAUUAGAGGUGAAGAAAAAUUCUACACACUCAAAUCAAGAUUUAAAAAAUGAUAUUUCAAACACACUUUUUCAAUUAGGUUUCACAUAUCAAAAGAAUGAAGAGUUUACAAAUGCAAUUUAUUUUUAUAAUUUAGUUUUACAAAAUUCAAAUCAACAAGAGAUGAUUUCAAAAACUUACAAUCAAAUUGGUUUGUGUAAUUUUAAAUUGGGUAAUAUCGAUGAAUCAUUAAUAUGGUAUGAAAAAUCAUUAUCAAUUGAAAAAUCAAAUGAAGCUUUAGCUUCAAUUCAUUUAAAUUUAGGUGAUUAUUAUUCUUCAAAAAAUAAUGAUAUUAAGAAUGCAAAAAAUCAAUAUUUAAUGGCAUUAAAUUUAAUUGAAACCGAAUCAAAUGAAAUUAGUCCAAUAUCGGUAAAGAGUAAUUUUAAAUUAUCAAUGAUUGACUAUUUGGAAGGUAAUUUCAAGGUUGCCAUUGAAAAUUUUGAAAAAACUAUAAAACUUUAUAAAGAAUUAUACAAAUCAUCUCAUCAUGCCGAUAUUGCAACUUGUUUUGAAAAAAUUGGUUUAUCCUAUUUGAAAGAUGCUGAUAUUUUAAUUAAUCCAACAGUUUUAUUAAACUCUUUAAAGAAUCUUCAAGAAUCAUUAAAUAUUAGAUUAAAAAUUCAUAGAACAAAUUUAACUCAUAAAGAUAUUGGUGAAAGUUAUUAUAACCUUGGUGUUUGUUAUAAAAAGAGAUUAGAGAAUAGGGAAUCAUUCAAUUGUUUUUUAAAAUCUUAUAAUAUUCAAAAAUCAAAUGGUGAUAAUUUAUUACAAAUUCUUGAAUGUUUAUCAACUGCUUCCUACCUUUCAAAAGAUUAUCAAACCUCAAUUGACUAUUCAAAUAAAAUAAUUAAAAUUCUUGAAGAUGAUGGAGGUGAUAAAAACCCAAUUAACACUAUGAAACUUGCUAUAGCUUAUAAAAACAUUGGUGAAAAUUAUAAAUUAUUAAAAUUAAAUCAAGAAAGUAUUUCAAAUUUACAAAAGUCAUUAACAAUUUUAGAAAAUCAAAUUUCAAAAACUAAAAUAAAUUUUAAUGAUUUUAAACAAUCAAUUGAAAAAACAAAUAGUAAUAAUAAUAAUAAUGACUCAUUGGUUUCACUAUUAAAAACUAUUGAAAUUAUUGGCUCAAUCUAUUUCAAUUUAAAUCAAAUGGAAAAUUCAAAAAAUAAACACUAUAAAACAAAACUAGAAUAUUAUUUUAAUGUUUUAAAAACAUUCCAAUCAAUAUCACCAGAAAAUUAUGAAUUUUUAGACAACUCAGAAUGGUUUGUAGAAUAUAAAAAAUCAAAAUCAAGUUUUCCCUUAAAUAAGAUUAUUAUCUUUUCCUCAAUUUUAAUAAUUUUAAUUUCACUUUACUAUCAUAAUCAAACAUCUAAAUAA